GUUUCAGGUACUACUUUCUAAACCCUAAUUGUGCAUCUUCUCUACCCUGGCACACAACUAUGGUAUUCAUCAAAUUGACAGACAAUAAAACCCUAGCCCUACAUUUAGAUCCCAAUACAACCUCAUUCGAAACCCUAAAACUCGAAAUUCAACAUAAAUCGGGCGUCCCCCUCGCCCUCCAACGCCUCUUCUUGUCCCCACGCCGAUUAAUCGCAAUAAACGACUCCAUUCCUAUAUCUGAUCUCGGCGUCCAACCCAAUUCGACCUUAACACUACACGUCCCUCUCGUUGGAGGCAUGCAAGCCCCCGUGCCGCCUAAGAACAGAUUAGAGUUCCUCAAUACGAAGCCUCCCCCGAACUAUGUUGCCGGACUGGGCCGUGGUGCUACUGGGUUCACUACACGGUCUGAUAUCGGUCCAGCUCGUGCCGCCCCUGACCUCCCUGAUCGGUCCGCCACCACAAUCGGCGGUGCAGGAGCGCCCGGGGUUGGUCGCGGAAGGGGUAAAGGGCCUGGUGAGGAAGAAGAGGAGGAGGAAGCUGACGAGAAGGGGUAUGAUGAGAAUCAGAAGUUUGAUGAGUUUGAGGGGAAUGAUGUCGGUUUGUUUGCAUCAGCGGAGUAUGACGAGGAUGACAAAGAAGCUGAUGCAGUGUGGGAGGCAAUUGAUAAGCGGAUGGAUUCCAGGAGGAAGGAUAGGCGGGAGGCGAGGCUGAAGCAAGAGAUUGAGAAGUACAGGGCCUCUAACCCGAAGAUCACUGAACAGUUUGCGGAUUUGAAGAGGAAGCUUUAUACACUGUCAGCGAACGAGUGGGAUAGUAUUCCCGAAAUUGGAGAUUAUUCAUUGAGGAAUAAGAAGAAGAGGUUUGAGAGUUUUGUGCCCGUGCCCGACACACUUCUUGAGAAGGCAAGGCAGGAGCAAGAACAUGUUACUGCAUUGGAUCCAAAGAGUAGGGCUGCUGGAGGAACAGAGACACCGUGGUCUCAAACCCCAGUUACAGAUUUGACUGCGGUGGGUGAGGGGAGAGGUACUGUGUUGUCAUUGAAGUUGGAUAGGCUUUCUGACUCAGUAUCGGGGUUGACUGUUGUUGAUCCCAAGGGGUAUCUCACUGAUCUUAAGAGUAUGAAGAUUACUAGUGAUGCAGAGAUAUCGGAUAUAAAAAAAGCUAGAUUGUUGCUUAAGUCGGUUACUCAGACAAAUCCAAAGCACCCUCCUGGUUGGAUUGCAGCUGCGAGAUUGGAGGAAGUUGCGGGUAAGAUUCAGGCAGCGAGGCAGUUAAUAACAAAAGGUUGUGAGGAGUGCCCCAAGAAUGAGGAUGUUUGGUUGGAGGCUUGUCGGUUGGCAAGUCCUGACGAAGCCAAGGCUGUGAUAGCCAAGGGAGCGAAGGCGAUUCCCAAUUCUGUGAAGUUAUGGAUGCAGGCUUCAAAGUUAGAACACGAUGAUGCUAAUAAGAGUAGGGUCUUGAGAAAAGGGCUUGAACAUAUACCUGAUUCUGUUAGGCUUUGGAAGGCGGUUGUGGAGCUUGCCAACGAGGAGGAUGCUAGGCUCUUGCUCCAGAGGGCUGUGGAAUGCUGUCCCUUGCAUGUGGAGUUAUGGCUUGCUCUUGCCAGGCUAGAAACUUAUGAUAAUGCCAAGAGGGUUCUUAAUAAGGCGAGGGAGAAGCUAUCUAAGGAGCCUGCUAUCUGGAUUACUGCUGCAAAGUUGGAGGAAGCUAAUGGGAAUACUGCCAUGGUUGGAAAGAUUAUAGAAAGGGGAAUUAGGGCUUUGCAAAGGGAGGGAUUGGAGAUUGACAGGGAAGCUUGGAUGAGGGAGGCUGAGGCUGCUGAAAGAGCAGGAUCUGUUGCCACUUGCCAGGCCAUAAUUCGUAAUACAAUUGGGAUUGGAGUGGAGGAGGAAGAUAGGAAGAGGACGUGGGUUGCUGAUGCAGAGGAGUGCAAGAAAAGGGGUUCUAUUGAGACAGCCAGAGCAAUCUAUGCUCAUGCUCUUACCGUGUUCUUAACCAAGAAAAGUAUAUGGCUCAAAGCAGCACAGCUUGAAAAGAGUCAUGGGACCAGGGAAUCCCUUGAUGCUCUGCUUCGCAAAGCCGUAACUUACAGGCCACAGGCUGAAGUUCUGUGGCUAAUGGGUGCCAAAGAGAAGUGGCUUGCUGGGGAUGUGCCUGCAGCUCGAGCAAUUCUCCAAGAAGCAUAUGCUGCCAUUCCUAACUCGGAGGAGAUUUGGCUUGCAGCAUUCAAACUUGAAUUUGAGAACCAUGAGCCUGAGAGAGCAAGGAUGCUUCUUGCUAAAGCCCGAGAAAGAGGAGGCACAGAAAGGGUUUGGAUGAAAUCAGCCAUUGUCGAGAGAGAAUUGGGAAACACUGCAGAGGAAAGGAGGUUGCUUGAUGAGGGGCUGAAACUUUUCCCAUCAUUUUUCAAACUGUGGUUGAUGCUUGGACAGCUGGAGGAACGGCUUGAUCACUUGGAGCAAGCUAAGGAAACUUAUGAGUUAGGCUUGAAAAACUGUCCUAGUUGUAUUCCUCUCUGGCUUUCACUUGCUAACCUUGAAGAGAAGAUGAAUGGGCUGAGUAAAGCUCGAGCAGUUCUCACCAUGGCCAGGAAGAGGAAUCCCCAUAACCCAGAACUUUGGCUUGCAGCUGUACGAGCUGAAUCAAGGCAUGGGUACAAGAAGGAAGCCGAUAUUCUGAUGGCAAAGGCGUUGCAGGAGUGCCCCAAUAGUGGUAUUCUGUGGGCAGCUUCAAUUGAGAUGGUCCCUCGGCCCCAAAGGAAAACCAAGAGCAUGGAUGCAGUAAAAAGAUGUGAUCAUGAUCCCCAUGUCUUUGCAGCUGUGGCCAAGUUGUUUUGGCAUGAAAGGAAGGUGGAUAAGGCUAGGACCUGGCUCAAAAAGGCUGUGACACUUGCCCCAGAUAUUGGGGAUUUCUGGGCAUUGUUAUACAAAUUUGAAAUUCAGCAUGGACCCGAGGAGGAACAGAAGGAUGUAUUGAAGAGGUGUAUUGCUGCAGAACCAAAGCAUGGUGAGAAAUGGCAAGCAAUAUCGAAGGCCGUAGAGAAUUCCCACCAGCCAACAGAAGCCAUCUUGAAGAAAGUAGUGGUUGCACUUGGAAAGGAAGAGAGUUUGGCUGAAAAUAGCAAACAGUAGUUUUCAGUGCUAGUAGUGAAUGAAAGGAUGUACUGUCUUUAGCCUUUACCUUUUUUACUAGUCUAUUCUAUGAACUCUAGAGGUUUUACUUAUGAUUCUGGUACCUUGACAUCUACUGCUUUAGAGAGUUGAACUCUUGAAGCAUUAUUUAAUAUAAUUAUUGGAUUUUAGUGUUGGAACUA